AGAAUUUACGAAGAUGUAUUGAACAGCUCCAGCGUUUAUUACUCUCAGUGGACACGUAGCUCUACCUGUGGCUGGAAAAUACGGAUAGAUUGUUGAGAAAAAUAAAAUACGGAUACACUGCUAGUAUAAGAAAAUACAUUGACACAAGAAGACCCUUCUAUAUGGAAAUCAAACUUCAGUUAUUGGUCUAUCUUGGAUGCAUUGUUGUCAUCCACGGACACGAUGAUUUCAAUGGAAAACAGCUUGGUGUGCAGAUCGGGAAAGCAUUAAAAAAAGGCGAGAGAGAUGUGAAACAAAUGGAAAAUAACGACAAACAAAAACAAAAAGACGGCACGGACAAAACGAACAAGAAAACAGCAACAGACCUAUUGGCAUUGUUUUCUGCACCAGAAGAAGACACCAGAAAACUUGCAAAGGAAGCCAGUAUCCAGCUGGCGGCUUUAAAGGAGCUCCUUUCAACUGAGAACCUAGACACGUACCGUUUAAAAGCAAAUAAAAAGUACCUACGCCUUUGGAAGAAGAAGUUUCACGAAUACUGUCCAGGAAUUUACACUGGUACGGCAUGUGAUCCCAAAGCCUACUACAGAACUGCAGACGGCACUUGCAAUAAUCUACAGAAUCCCACAUGGGGCGCGAUUUUGUGUCCGCAAAGUAGAGAAAUUCCACCCAUGUACUCCGACGGUAUUGAUGCACCCCGAGAUCGCGACCGGUUAGGUCUUCCCCUCCCAAGUGCUCGAGUGGUCAGCAAUGAACUGCACAAAGUCGAGGGAAAAUCACCAAGGAACGAUAAGCUCACGAUGAUGGUCAUGCAAUGGGGUCAAUUCAUCGACCACGAAUUUGUAGCUACACCAAUCCUUAAAGGUGAGGAAGGAGCUAAUAUAGAAUGUUGCGGCGAAGGAAACGAAAAUAGGACACAAUGCUUUCCAAUCCGUAUACCAAAUGACGACCCUUUCUUCAAUAAAACAUGUAUGGGAUUUGUACGUUCUGCACCCGUGCCAAAUCACAAUUGCGAACCAGGUUUCCGAGAACAGAUGAACCAAGUGACUUCAUUUAUAGAUGGCUCUGGAAUAUAUGGCUCUAAAGUUAACAGCACCAACGCAUUGCGUACAAUGAAAAACGGUUUGCUUAAGACAUUCAAUGACGGCAGUGGAACAGAUAGUAAACUACUACCAAAGAAUUCCAAUGACAAGUGCACACUUGAAAAGCCAGAAGAUCGCUGUAACCUAGCAGGAGAUGUACGUGUUAAUGUGGUACCAAGUCUUGGUUGGAGUCACACGUGCUUUAUGCGAGAACACAACAGAAUUGCACGAAAGCUUGCAAAAGUGAAUCCGCACUGGGAUGACGAGAUGUUGUUUCAGCAAACCCGGCGUAUAAUGGCUGCAAUUAUACAGAUUAUAAACUAUAAAGAAUACUUAACUGCCAUACUUAACGAAGAGACAAUGAAGAAGUACAAUCUCAACUUGAACACAAAGUCGUAUUCAUGUAAAAAAUGUUACAAGCCGAAAUUGAACCCGACAAUUUUCAACGCCUUUGCUGUUGCAGCAUUCAGGUUUGGACACUCACAGAUCGCCGACUACCAGGCUUCGAUGAGUAAACAGUACAAGUUUGUUGAUAAGAAACCUAUCGAAUCAACAUAUCAUCGUCCACAUAUGAUAGAGUAUGAUCAUGGAAGUGGACUGGAUGGAAUCGCUCGGUGGCUUGCAGCCGAUUUUAGCCCUCUUGCUGAUGGCCUAUUUGAAGAUGGUACUAGAAAUAAGCUGUUUAUGGACAAGCAGGGCAACAGCCUUGACCUUCCGGCGUUAAACAUACAACGCGGCCGGGACCAUGGAAUCCCAGGGUACAACCACUGGAGGAUCCAUUGUCAUCUUGACAAGGCUAACAUGACAAAGGACGGAGAAUUUAUAUUACCUGACCACAACGAUAAUGAAACACACAAGUUAGAGCAUACUUACAGACAUGUUGAUGAUAUAGAUCUUUUUGCGGGUGCAAUGACCGAGACUUUACUACCUGACAGCUCAGUUGGACCAACGUUUGCUUGUUUGAUAGGUAAACAAUUCAGAAAUCUCAAGAAAGGCGACAGAUAUUGGCACGAAACACCGGACAAGAUCAUCAGAUUCACAAAAGAUCAGCUGGCAGAGCUCCGAAAGGUGACCUUGGCAAGGGUUAUGUGUGAUAAUUUUGAGAUAGACAAGAUACAACCAAAUGUGUUCCGAGUACCAGGACCCGGAAACGAAAGGGUGGACUGUACCCAACUGCCUGCAAUCGAUUUAGACAAAUGGAAAUCGUGUACAAAAUUGUUACCAGACGGCAGGCCUAACUUCAAGAGGAACUGUGCGAAGAAAAGAAAUGUUUGAACUGAUAUUCAAUAUUAAAUAUAUGAACAGUAAAAUGCUAUAAUAAAGUAAAUAAAACAUAAAAAUGUGCAUUUUUGAGACAAUUGUGUAAUGUACUGUACCUCACAAUAAUGUUUAUUGAGACAAAAUACAAGUACUCUCUGAAUUCCGACUUAAUUAUAUUGAUAAACAUGUAAAGAAAACUAAAUUACACUUUGUCAGGAAUAAAAAGAGAUACUUAA